AAACAGCUUGCAAGAAAAACAAAAAAAAAAAUUGUAUUUCUAUUUCUAUAGAGAACUUUUGUACAUUUUGUAAAUUUUUAAAAAGAAACACACACACAAAAACAAGACACUAACCACCCAUUAAUAGUACUAAGAAGACUAAAUAAGUGACUAAGAUGAACAAACCAAAAGAAGCGGAUUGUAACGAGCCAGCUCAGAAACUGACCGAACCCAUCUGUGAGCCACCGUUAUCGCCGGUGGUUCGCGCCCGUGGUUCCGUCGUUGGCACCUACGCCUUCUAUCAAAAGAAGCAAAUGGCUCAACAGCUAAACGAUAGCGAUGACAAGGCCGAGCAGAACAACGAGAUGAACAAGUUGGACAAAACAAACAUAAUGGAUAUAGACCAGAAGGCGGGAGUCGGCGAGGAAGCCCUGCUACCCUGGCCACCACACAAUCGCUAUCGCAGCAUGGGCGAGCUGCUGGGUAUUGUCCAGUCCAAUGGACGUAUUCAAAGUCUAUUCAUGUCACGACUAGCUAUGGCCUUCAUGCGCAUUUUCAGGCGCUAGCCCAUCAACAGCUAUCUGAAGU